AUGACGAAAGAUUCGAAAGUCGCAGUUGUAGAUCCAAUAAAAUCAAAUGAUGCAGAUAAAUCUGAUAAAGUUAAUUUAAAAGACAAGCAGAAGCCCCAAGAUGAGGAUUUGUCAGAGGAAGAUUUACAGCUUAAGAAUGAAUUGGAAAUGCUGGUUGAUAGGCUUAAAGAGGAUAACAAAUCCCUAUACAAGCCGGCACUUGAAUCGCUGAAAACAUUCAUAAAGACUGCCACUUCCUCAAUGACUUCAGUUCCAAAACCACUUAAGUACCUCCGGCCACACUACCCAGAUUUGCAAAACUUGUACGAGAAUUGGAGUGGUAGUAAUGAGAAGUCUCUUUUCGCUGAAAUUCUCUCUGUCCUCGCCAUGACUUAUUCUGAUACAGGCAAGCGCGAAACGCUGCUCUAUAGAAUACACGGCCACUGUACAGAAUCACCUGGCUCUUGGGGACACGAGUAUGUCCGUCAUUUGGCUGCUGAAAUCAGCGAAGUCUAUCAAUACCUAACCCUCCCACCCGGUGAAGUCGGUCAGACUGUCGAAGAAGAAGACCCAAUUAAACCGUUCAGCAAGGCCUUAGAAGAGCUACCUCCUUCGCUUUCUCAGCCACCAAGCCAAGAUCAACUUCUUGAUUUGGCUAUGGAAUUGGUUCCUUUCUUCUUGAGACACAACGCUGAACCAGACGCUGUCGAUCUCCUCCUCGAACUUGAAGCCAUUGACAACAUCAGCAAACACGUUGACAAUGAAAACUACCAAAAGACUUGUCUUUACCUCAUUUCUGUUUCUCCUUUCUUAGAACAACCCGAUGACACUCAGGUUUUGAGAGUUGCCCACAAUCUCUACCGCGCCAACCAGCGUUACCCAGAAGCUAUCGUUUUGGCUAUGCGUUUGAACGACAGAGAUCUCAUCAAGUCUGAUUUCAAGUCUCCUUCCAGCAAGGUAAUGCAGAAGCAGUUGGCCUUCUUGCUGGCAAGACAACACGUUCCUAUUGAGUGGAUCAAGGAUGAGGACGAGGAGAUUGAUGGAGAGCUCUUUGAAUGUCUCUCCAAUGUAAAACUUCCAGAGUAUUUCAAAGAAUUCGGCAAGACCCUUGGUAUUUCUGAACCUAGAUCCCUCGACGACGUUUACAAGACUCAUCUCGAAACCCGUAACGUCAGCGUCGAUUCAGCUAGAGGUAAUCUUGCUGGCUCAUUCGUCAACGCUUUCGUCAAUGCUGGUUUCGGUAAUGACAAACUCAUGGUCGAUGCCGAUGAGGGUAACAGUUGGAUCUAUAAAAACAAGGAUGAUGCUAUGCUGUCCGCUACUGCAUCUCUCGGUGUGUCUCUUUUGUGGGACCCAGAUGUCGGUUUGAGUCACAUUGAUAAGUACACUUAUUCCAACGAAGAUCAUAUUAAGGCAGGUGCAUUCCUUGCCACUGGUCUUAUACACAACGGCAUCAAAACAGAAGUCGACGCACCACUCGCACUUUUAUCUGAACAAGUUGAAAGCUCAUCUAUUCCAAUCAAAGUAUCAGCCAUUAUGGGAUUAGGUUAUGCGUAUGCUGGUACACAAAGAGAAGAUUUAAUGGAAUUGCUAAUUCCUUACGCUGUCGAUGAAACACUGUCUAUGGAAGUCGCAUCAGUUGCUAUACUUGCACUUGGAUAUAUCUUCGUUGGAAGUUGCAAUGGUGAUGUAUUAUCAUCAAUCUUACAAGCUAUCAUGGAAAGAGAUCCAAAGUCAUUAGAUGACAAGUGGACUAGAUUCGCAGCUUUGGGUCUUGGAUUGGUCUUCGUUGGUGCAAGAGAUAACAGUGAUGUUAUAGUAGAGACAGUCAAGACAAUAGAUCACCCAUUUGCAAGAUAUGCUGAGACGAUGAUUGAAAUAUGUUCAUACGCAGGCUCGUCGAAUGUGUUGAAGAUUCAAGAAAUGCUGCAUAUCUGUUCAGAGCAUAUAGAUGGGGAAAAGUCAUCAGAUUUACAUCAAUCAUUUGCAGUAAUUGGUAUAGCAGCUAUAGCAAUGGGAGAAGAUAUAGGUGCUGAGAUGUCGAUUAGACAGUUCAACCACUUGAUGCACUAUGGAGAGCCAGUGAUUAGAAAGACAGUACCAUUAGCACUUGGACUUAUAAGUGCAUCACACCCACAGAUGCAACUUUUGGAUAGUCUUAGUAAAUAUUCGCACGACAGUGACCUUUCAGUUGCAUUCAAUGCUAUCUUUGCAAUGGGAUUAGUAGGUGCAGGUAGCAACAACGCAAGAUUGGCGCAGAUGCUUAGACAAUUAGCAUCAUACUAUGCAACCGAGCCAGACUGUCUGUUGAUGGUGAGAAUAGCUCAAGGAAUGAUCCAGAUGGGUAAGGGAAGUAUAGGAAUCAGUCCAUUCCACACUGAUCGCACGCUUCUUGACAAGAAUGGAUUCUGUGGUUUAUUGUCGACACUGAUCGCAUUUACUGACGCAAAAGGAUUCAUACUUGACAAGGCACACUGGAUGUUGUACAAUCUGACCAUGUCAAUGUAUCCACGCAUGGCAAUCACGCUCGAUGAAGAGCUCAACGUACUCAAGACCACGGUGAGAGUUGGACAAGCAGUAGAUGUUGUAGGACAAGCAGGAAAACCACGUACUAUUUCAGGAUUUCAGACACACGAGACUCCAGUUAGAAUGGCUAAUAAUGAAAGGGCAGAGUUGGCUUCUGAUCAGUAUCUGAGCUAUAACCAUGUGCUUGAGAAUGUAGUGAUUCUGCGUAAAAAUCCAGGCUGGGAGGAUGAUAAUAUGCAGAUAUAA